CCUCGAGUAACCUUCCGUUGACAUCCUCAUCAUUGCUCGAGCGGUUCAAUCCCCCCUCGCCGUGGAUCCUCGGCGCGUCUUCCGCCCUUGCACACAAGAUACAACGGCAGGCAUAUUAUCUAAGCUUCUGUAGCUUCGAUCGUUAAGCUUUCGAGCUUUGAACUUCCCGAGCACCUUCUGAGACGCGUCGGGCUGUCCAAUAUCGAGCUUGGCUUACCUAGGUCUUGAACCUUCCUUCACGCUACCACCUACCAGACCGUCACUUUCGACCUCACGGCCUCACCUCUCCUUUUCGGACAAUUGACCGUCAAUCAAUUCUUACCCAGAGAGACCGUUUGGUCUCGAGGCUCCGAGCUGGUCCCGUGCCACUGACAGCGAGCUUUGUCCGGCAGACCCUGGCAGCGCGAACCCCGGUCUGCCAGCUUGGGCCUACCGCGUCUGUCUCUGCGUCUGCGUCUGCGUCUGCAUCCGCUUCCAGCUUCCAGCCUCCUUUGCUACCGUGUCGCGGAACGAACGACCACGACGAAAACCCCGACAUCAAACCGUAUGGCUGCCGCCUGUCUGCCGCGCCUGAAGAUCCGAGAAGCUGUCUGAAGACUUUGCAUCGGGACGUCACGGUCCUUCCACUCGACUGGGAAACAAGGGUCUAAUUCUACGGUCGCAAAACACUGCGUCGCCAUACGACUUGGGCGCCUAUGCGGAGGUACAUCGCGUUCCUUGAAAUCGACGCACACCAUUUUUCUCCCAACGAGGCUCCCCACGCGCCGACUAUCUUGUCCACAGACACCUACGCGUCUCGAAACGCAUCCAAGGAAAAGGAAGUCGUCGACAGUCAGCACGCCACCCCGAACCAGUCCAAUGGGCCGACUCUAGCACGUGUUCAGAAUGCCCACCACCCAGGUCACCCCCGCCGAGGAUGCUCUUCUGCAAGGGAUCGCCGACUCGCUUUUCAAAGCCCGCAAGGUCGUCGUCAUUACCGGCGCCGGCAUCAGCACCAACUCCGGUAUUCCCGACUUCCGAAGCGAAAAUGGACUGUACUCUCUGAUCCAAGCCCAAUUCGACAACGCGACCCGGGAGGAUGCUCUGGAAUCGAGAUGCGCCACAUCGUUCGAUGCGAGCCGUGACGAACGAGAACCACCCACCAAGCGGCGAAGACUGUCUUUCGAGGAUUCGGGCAUCUGCCUCAGCGACGACUCGCAAGCUACUGAAGACCAAGAGGUGCUCAGUAGCUCGGAGGAGGACAAGAGCCGACUUUCUAAUGGGUCAGACACGCCAGCGCCCAGCUUGGCCGCAACCAGGGCAAAGGGCCCAGUGACGAGAGCGAGGUCACGAGAAUUGACAGUCGACGACGGCGCCACCACAAGUGAGGACUCCAGGGCUAGGAAGAGUCAUGGCACCAGAUGCAAUGAGGCUAUAGCCGGAUCAACUCGGUUGUCCAGGAGAGCCGCAUCCUUACCCCCGGAUGAGAGCCCUCAAAGGCGCUCUUAUACGGCUGCGCAUUCAAGUCCAACUGGGACUCAACCCAACUCACUGCAAAAAGAUGAAAGCCCAGCCCGCCGCGUUCUGCGCACACGCGGGCGUUCUGCAAGCCCAGGGGCAAAACCAAGAGCCAACGCUUAUCAGGCACGCUCUGCUGUGUUGCGGAAGAGGUCUUUGCUAACACAUCCCUUGGUCAACGGACAAGAACCUGAACCCAAGGAAGAGCCUCCAAGCUCGGUACCCUUUGCGCCAGGACAAGCUUGUUCAAAACUUUCACUCCAGCUGGACGAAGUUGAUCGGGCCCUCAACCCAGCAGCCCCUGUCCCAGUCUCGACCCUUCAGACCUCGGCCUACACCACACCAAAAACCACAAGGUUCUACUCCAGCUCGUCACCCUUGUCGUCGCCUCCCAGCUUGUUCCUCCAAACAACACCAACCCUCAAGAUCAGCUCCUUUGCACAGUCGAAUCGCCAGCAACCAGUGCCAGCUUUCAGCUCAUCCCCAUUGUCUUCGCCUCCCCCCGUCCUAUUUGACCCUUUCGAGGAACCAACAUCGUCUUCAUCAACCAGACAGACCUCAAGUGUGGCUAGUAGCCUCGCCUCUUCGGAAACUGACGAAACACCUCCGUCCUCUCAACCCAGCAAGUCAACUCUGCCCAACAUCAAAGGCAGGGAUCUAUUUGAUGCUUCAAUCUGGGCAGAUCCACUGCGGACAUCGGUUUUCUACACAUUCGCCACAACUCUUCGGCAGAAAGUGAAGUGUGUUGAGCCGACCGAAUCGCACCAUUUCAUCGGUCACCUCCGCAAUCGUGGAAAGUUGGUUCGGUGCUAUACGCAGAACAUUGACCAGAUUGAGGAGAAGGUUGGGUUAUCGACGUCACUUCAAGAAGGACCGGGACACAGGGGUCGCUUUUCAAGGAAGUCCGUUGGAGCGGUACUGGCUAUCUCGGCAUUGGCAAACACCUCAGCCGGCAGCGAGCUGGCCACAGCAGGACCAGAGCCGGAAGAUAAGAGAGGCAAUGUCGAAACUGAAGGGACUGGUAGUGCCGAGGGCGCUGAAUCGACCGACGCCACCCCCUUCGCCGAGUCUCAAAGUCAACACCGAUCUGAUCGGAAGUCCAACGGCGUGGAGUGCGUCUUCCUACACGGAUCUCUGGAGUCUCUGCGGUGUUUUCUGUGCGGGAAGAUUUGUGCUUGGGAUGAAGGAGGGAGAGCACACGAAACUCUCUCUGGACGACAGCCCGAGUGCCCAUACUGCGCUGGAGCGACCGCUGCACGACAGGAGAGGGGCAAGAGAGCGCUGGGUGUCGGCAAGCUGAGACCGGAUAUUGUACUCUACGGCGAAGAGCACCCAAACGCCCAUCUCAUCUCCCCCAUCAUCACCCAUGAUCUCGGGCUUUCGCCUGAUCUACUUCUCAUUCUCGGCACCUCCCUGAAGGUUCACGGUCUCAAGGUUCUUGUCAGGGAGUUCGCCAAGACCAUUCACAGCAGAGGCGGUAAAGUGGUGUUUGUGAACUACACAAAGCCUCCGGAGAGUUCAUGGGGAGAUAUCAUCGACUACUGGGUCCAGUGGGACUGUGACGCCUGGGUAUCCAACCUGAAGGAGAGGAUACCUCUGCUUUGGCUACCGCCAGGCACAAAAUUGUCCAAGAAGAAGAAGGAAAGCAGCGACAAACCAAAGAAGCGGCAGAACACCGCCGAACAAGGAUCGAAGCCUAAGUCGGAGUCAUCAAAGUCGGGCGAGCAUGCUCCUAAACUACCGCAACCGGAAGCGGCUGUGAGGUCUGAACUUCCAGCCGAGAAGCCUGAACUUCCAGCUGAGAAGCCUGGACCUCCAGCCGAGAAAUCUAAACCUCCAGCUGAAAAGUCUGAACCUACAGCCGCGAAGCCGGAACCUCCGACUGUGAAGCCCGAGAAGUCCCCUAUCAACGCGACGCCCGAAGCGCCAAUUCGUACCCCGCUUCCCCAGGCGAUACCCAGCCCAGAGGAGGUAGUCGAGCCACCCAAGGUUAUUGAUCUUGGAUACGAGAAACCAGUGGUGGGGAAUGAAGAGACCCCGAAGGUUGCCGCCGCCAAGAUUGUUAACCCUGGACACGGUAAGCCAGCGAAGCAAAGGGAAAAGGGCCCAAAGGCCCCGAAGACCGCUGUCCCCAAAACUACACCCCGUCGGCCCAUGGCCGUUCGUGAUGACACGACCAACGCCGUGUACCUCGUGUUCAAGGUCAUGGCUGAGCUUCGCCGAAUCACUGACAACAAGCCGGUGCCGCCAUUGUCCUCUCCUGUGAGCCUCCGAACCGAGAAGCCGAAGCCCCGACGAAAAAAGAAGUCUGCGCAAGCUGUUCUCUCACAGACGUCCGAGUCCAGCCCUCAGCACCACUCUGUCACAACUUUACACUUGGGGCCCACUACGUCUACGGUGGAGCACGAGGUCCCGCAGUUAGAAGCGAGACGGGACACGAGAGUCGUUGCGGAGGACGUUACUAUGUCGGGAACCGCUGAGAGCUCCAUCCUAGCGGCCGUCAAGGUCAAUCCCCGGACGCGGAAACGGAAAAAGAUUGACGGCGAGGAGGUGUUUGUGCCGGGUAUGCCGCGGCCCGCCCUCGCCGUCAAAUCUUUGCUAUGUACGACGCCACAGAAAGUAAAGAGGCCGUCCGCCAAGAGCAAGGCGGUCCUCGUCUCGCGCGCCACGCCGCCCAAGACUCUCCCCGACAUGCAGCGAGCAUCCAUGGAGUCGUUGACGUUAGCCCCUUUAAGAACGACCGGGGCAUCUGUCUCGACGCCGUUGAAGCUCCAGCCUUUGGAGCCUGUCCCUUCUCCUCCGACAGGUCCACUUUCGGUCAUGUCGCCCAACUCGCGGGCUAGGCUUGGCCCGAGGGUGGGUGAUCCAUUCUUCCGGUCGGAUUCUGUCGUUCAUGAACUGGUUAAGGCGUCUGGCUGGACCCAGCCUCGGAGUCUUGGGUUCAUGCCACUGAUGAGCUCGCAGUUGAACAAGGAGACAGACGCGAUCAUGGCAUUGCAGGGGCUGAAGGAGGGAUGACUGGUUGCCGACGGUUGGCAUUGAGCCGUGGGAGACACAUCUAUCUGCAUUGGCCGGAUUGAGGAAGCGCUAGAUUAUACCCGAGAGUUGGAAUGCUGCUCUCAGAAGCGCAGCGUAGUCAAUGAAUAAUGAUUCCUCGCACACCUGACCUACCUACGUCCCUCUAUAGUACCCACACACCCUAACUCGGCCUCGGAAGCAUCGUCCCUCUCUUUCGUGUCUGAUGGGACAUGGACCUUGCAGGGUUCAAGAACGACAACAGCACAACCGCAACAAUACGAAAUGACAAUCGGGUCUAGUCGUCAAUGCCUCGCGGAGCCAUAUUACACGAGAAACAACCGCCCUUCACCGAUGCGGAUGGACCCCUCUGCCCUCCCACCACGCGAAUGCGAUCUCGGGGUUGGCAGGUUCUGGGAUGUUGGG